GAGUUACUUGACCUCACGCUAUAUUUGAAUUGCUUCUGAUGUGGGCGUAGGAUUUGAUGUUAGGUUUCGUUUCAAAGCGUUCGGUUGUCUUAAUCAUGUCAUCUGAACCGAACGAAUUUACUUAUGACAAACUACUUGCUUUUGCAUCAAGAUAUAACCGACGACUACAACAAGAUAAACUUAGUCGUUUACCAUUUCUGGACAGCGCUACCGGAAUAGCUCAAAGACCGUGCCUACUUUACCGUAACCAAAGAGAAAGAGAGGGAGGCUACCUGACUCAGGUUUACCGAUACCGUUCCCACAGGUGGAAGAAAAGCAAAAGAACUGGUCAGCUUCCUUCUUUUCUGUAUCACGGAGAUGCGUUGAACGGGGUUGCUAAAAUUGAUCGUCCAAAUAUCUCAGGAUUAGAUUCGUGUUCUAAGGAUGUAGACGAGGAUAGUCGUAGUACUUGGGCUGCCUGUCCAGAAUAUGAUAUGGAUUCUGAUGCAAGUGAUUUUGCAGAUGAGAACUUUGGAGUUCGUAGACGCCGAAAGAAAGGUCGGACUCCUCGCAUAAGCAGAUCCAAUCACUCUGGACCUGGUCGGCGACGUUCUAAUUAUACUUCAUUCGAUGAUGACUCGAAUGACCGUCAAACAUCUUUGCCAGUAUUUCUGUGUGAGUUUUGUGGCGUACGAUACAGAUCGAGAGCCGGACUAAAUUACCACAUUAAUUCACAGCAUUCAGAGACACCACGAAUGAGUUGUGCACGACCAGCCUUUAUGUCCCCUUAUCGAGGAACAGAUGGACAUCAUCACAACCCUCAUCCUCAUUCUCAACAACAGCAACAACAACAACAGUCUCACAGUCAAACUAAUCAUUUGCUCAAUGGACCAGUAAUUAAUUCAGGUACUACCAGUAAUCACACUUCUACUUCUCAUUCCACUUCUGUAACUAACAAGAAUAGUAAUAACAAUGAUCUUUGUUCCUCUGUAAAUGGUUCAUUCGGCCCUUCACGAGUUCGCCCUUCAGUUAUUGAACAAGGUGGUGGUAGCCUAAUUAUUGAAGCACAAGAAUGGCGGGAUAUGAAUAAUACAGACUCAUCAGAACAUACUUGUGACUUUUGCCUAGGUGAUGAAAGUUUGAAUAAGAAGACCGGGCGGUCAGAAGAUAUGUUAAGAUGUUCAGAUUGUGGACGUUUUGCUCACUUUUCUUGUUUACAGUUUACACAGAAUAUGAUUACUUCUGUACAUACUUACCGGUGGCAGUGUAUUGAAUGUAAAACAUGUUGGCUUUGUGGUACUUCAGAAAAUGAUGAACAAAUGCUUUUUUGUGAUGAUUGUGAUAGAGGUUAUCACAUGUACUGUUUAAAUCCGCCAUUAUCCGAGCCGCCAGAAGGUAGUUGGAGUUGUAAACUAUGCGUAGAUCGUUUUCAAACGUCGGCGGCUUCUUUUUCUACCUCUUUUGUUAACGUCAGUUUGACGAAAAAGUCUGACUCUUGUAUUGGUGAAUUGAAUAAUAAUAAUGGUAAUAAUAAUAAUAAUAAUAAUAAUAAUAAUAAUAAUAAUAAAGACGAUACAAGCAUUUGUGAAUCGAAAUUGAGUGUGCCUUGUUCAACCAUUGUUUCAUCGGUUGUCAGUCAAAUUGUUCCUGUUUUUCAAUCAUCUUCGUUAACAUCACCAUCAUCAUUAUCAUCCUCUUCUGGGCUUUUCCAAUCCUCUACACAUCUUCAAAAGAUAUUGGUCAAUCAUGUAUAUCCGACUGUUUCUUAAUGUAACUUUAUGUGUAUAUCCAUAAUUUUCAAGGAUUAUCAUUAUUAUUAAUGUUAUGAAUAUUCACUCAGUAAUGUUAAAUGAUUUAAAAAUAUGUUCUAGGAUCUUAAAAAUUCACCAUCUAAUUUUUUUUGUUCAGCCUUAUGUGUUAAUGAUUGAACAAAUUAACCUCUAUGUUUUUUAAUGUGUAUUUUCCCCUUAAAUGUAUUAUUUUUUUUCAAAUAUUAUCUCUAGGGUUGAUUAAUUUGAGUGCUUAUAGGUAAAAGGAGAUAGUGGAUUAAGGAUGAAAGUGAACAACUGAGAGAGAGAGAGAGAGAGCAAAAAUGUACUUACUUAUUCAUUUAUUCUAUGUAUAUUAUCUACCUGUUUAAAUCAAUGUAUUAUUUCUUUGUUAAUAUACCCUGAUAUGUCAAUUUUUUGUCAAAGCAGACGUACUAUGUAAAAUGGAAUUUCAAAACUACAAACAGACCUAGCUAUAGUAACCAUUAUUUUUGUUUAGCAAUAUAUAUGUAUAAAUUUGAUCAGUUGUGUUUCUCAAUAUGCUGUUAUGUCUUUUCAGUUUUUGAUAGUUACCAAUAUACAUAUAUAGUUACUGACUGAUAUAUAUAUAUAUAUAU